UGUUUUCAUCGACUGUGUGGCGUCGCAGCCAGGUCGCUGUCGCUGAGAAGUGCACCGUUCGCUAUGCAGACGUAAACUAACAGCUGUCGAUGAGGCCGCCACCGACAAACGACCACGGUCGGGUUUAAUCGUCACGGAGAACUUUUCAAAACGCACUUUACAGCAUUAUAGCAACGGUUUAACCGUUUUUGUGGCCAUGGAGGAGAAGAAGGAGGAGGGGGAAGCGGAGAUCCAGGAACACGGACCCGAGCACUGGUUCUCCAAAUGGGAGCGGCAGUGCCUAGCCGAGGCCGAGCAGCAGGAACCGAGCGAGGAGGAAACCGAGCAGAGCCAACAAAAACUCUGGCACCUCUUCCAGAACUCCGCCACAGCCGUCGCGCAAUUGUAUAAAGAUAGAGUAUGUCAACAACAACAGGGGCUUUCCUUGUGGGUUCCAUUUCAAAAUGCUGCCACUGCCGUUACUAAUCUAUAUAAAGAGAGCGUUGAUGCCCAUCAGCGCAGUUAUGAGCUGGGUAUCCAGAUCGGUCAUCAGCGACGGAACAAAGACGUCCUGGCAUGGGUGAAGAAAAGGAGGCGGACGAUUCGACGUGAGGAUCUCAUCAGCUUCCUCUGUGGUAAAGCCCCACCGCCACGGAGCUCCAGAGCUCCUCCAAGACUGACGAUGGUGUCGCCAAGCCGACCCGCAUCCUCGGAGACAAGUUCUUCUGUAGAAACCGAUCUGCAGCCCUUCAGGGAGGCCAUUGCGCUUCAUGGUCUAAGCGGAGCAAUGGCGAGUAUCAGUAUGCGCUCUGGACCCCCUGGUUCACCUACACACCUGAGCGCUAGCUCUGCCCCCAGCCGUCGCAGAAACGGCCUUCAUGAUGUGGACCUCAACACUUUCAUUGCCGAGGAGAUGGCGCUGCACCUCGACAACGGAAAUCGGAAACGAAGCUCCGCCCAGUGCAAUGAUGUCAUUACAGACUCGCCCACUCACAAACGCAAUAGGCUGAUCUGAGCUCUUAAGAAAAACGACUGCGAAGUGAGAAAAUGCCACUCCUCACUCAUCCUCGCAUCUUUAUUCAGGCCAGGAAAUGAAAGCAACCAGUAACAGUGCUCACCACAGCCCAGCACAUUCUCGGAUUGGUCACAAGAGCCCAGUGAGGUCAUCAGUGGGAGGCGGUGCUCAGUGCAGAGGCCUAAGUGCCCUUCCAUAGGAUUCUGUUGACAAACACACAACACCGUUCACUAUAUUGUUGUGUGAGUUGACUGUUUGUGUGCGUGUAAGAUUUGUGUUAAAGGCUGAACUGACACGAUUGAACGCAGGAACAAGAAAAACAUCAUUGUGUGCAUGUUCGCAAUAUAUUGAGCUACAUAUGUUCAAUUGUGUGUGUGUGUGUGUUUUACUGUAUGGGAGUACAUGUCUGAUGUGUGUGUGAGGGUGCGAAUGGUCAGUUUUGUGUUGGUGUGUUUGCGUGUGGUACCUGCCUCUUCCUCCAGCAUCUGUCACUGCCCCAGCUCUCAGUUACCACACUGCGGCAUCAAAAGCAACAAGUUUUAUUUUUUAAUAUUAUUGACGAUGUUAUUCAUAAUUUUCGUUUGCCUUCGUUUAAUUCUGCUCCAGUAGCAGGCACAAGUGCUGCGAUAGCCAUACGUCUGCUGUCAUGCACAUCUUAUUUUUCUUCAAUACUUCAGUUUCUCAGCAUUCUUCCAGAGCAUCUCAUUCUCUUUUUCAUUCAUCCUGUUUUCACACACUUUCCCCAGCACCUUUGUCUCCAGUGUAACAUUAUGUAAUGUAAAUACCUGUAGGUGCUGACAUAGACUUGUGGUACAUAUUGUAAAAAAAAAGCUGUGCAGAGACCAUUGAAUUGUUAAUGUACAAUAAUGAUUCUUGCAUUAAAGAAAUCAAGCUUUUAACUACGUAUCUCUCUGCCAUCGUUGUAGUCUUAUGUCAGACAUUGCACACUGUUCACUUUUAUAACCGAUUAUCAUAACAUCCUGGGAAGUGGGAU